GUUGUCGUCGUCGCAGUCGUCGUGCUCUAGCAGGGUGCAUUUUGAGUUUGCGUUUAAUUCAUUUUUCUUCAGUCCACGACGAUUAACCAUGCCGAGCGGUUGGGUGUAUUCGUGUAAGCGGCGUUAUUAAGUUUUAUUGCCAAUUGUAAUGAAAUCAUUAUUAAAGUGAGCCAAUUAAUAUUGCAGUAAAUUGUGAAAUUAAGUGACGCGCUUUAGUACCUAACGGUUAUUUAGCGCUGGCGAAAGCCUGAAGUUCUACUGUGAAAAUUUACUGGUGCUAAUGCAUAUAUAUGCGUUGAUCGGAUUUUCUAUGCAUGUAAACGCCAAGGAAGCUUAGUAAAAAUUUUCGUGAAUAUUCGUGUAAUUUACUGAAUGAAAUGUACGACAGCGUGUCGAAGUAAAAAAUCGUUAAAGGCGAAAUUGUGCCAAACGAAGCAAACAGCCGAAGUUGAAAAGCAAAUAGGCUGGCAGGCUGUUAGGCAGUCCGUUAGCCAGUCAACAAGCCAGUAAAGUAACGUGCCUAGUUUUCGGGAAAUAAGUUUGGCCACACGUUCACGUCGUACGCAACGGUGUGGCGCUGAAAGGGGGUGUGGAAAUUUCACAUCCUUCUCUAAAGUACGGUGCGUGUGUGUUAGUAUCUCAAACUACUAGUGGCUAGCAUGCUAAGAAUAUCAUAUUCAAAUAACAACAACAAAUAAAGUGAAAUACAAAAUCGCGUGCUAUUGACCAGCGCAUGUUACAGAAAAAAAAUUAAGAGUCACACGCGCAACAGCAACAAUCGUGAAAUGAAAUGAGUUCCCAAAGGUUCAAUAUUGUACUUUAACUGCCGAAACUAGCCAAGUGCUGUUGGCAGGAGUACUAAAUUUAGUCGGCUCAUGCAAAUUUAUACCGUGGCGCGAAAUCUGAAUGUCCAAACGUUUGUAGUUCUAGAAUCCGUUAAUUGCUGCGAAACAUGAAAUUAGCAAGUUAAUACAUUAACGGACGCUACGCCACACUUAUGCGUACCAGUGGCCGAAACUGCGUUGUACACGUGCAAACACGUCACUCACGAAUCCUGCGAGAUUAAUCAAUUUCACCAAACAUUUGCUCCAAACAAAAAUCAAGCAAAAAGGCUAUGAAAAAAAAUCGUAAAAAAUUAAAAUGAAAAAUGAAAUGUGUGAAAAUCAUGUUUGACGCCUUUAAAAUCAGACGGAUUACGACCAUUGUGAAAAGCGACAAGCACCAGACACUCAACUCAUGAAAUAUACACACCCACACACGCAUUUGCACACACAUCAUUGUGCGCCUAAAAUUGGCUAAAAUCUAAACAAAAGUGAAACCGCAAAGCAAAAAUAUAAAAAAAAGGUGGUGAGAAGGACACGCGCGUAACGCAAGAACGCGUGCUUUGUGCUAAUUAGAAAGUUGGAAGCAAAGUUUGUGUGCGAAAAGCAAAUACAAGCCUCUAAAUAAGAGGACUCAAUGCAAACAAUAACAACAGCUACGCGCAGCAGACACAGCUAUCCUUUCGCGUGAACAGCUAAAUUUGAAACGAAACCUAAAAACGAAAAAAAAAACUGCAAAUGACGUAUAGCUCAUCAUCGCCAGCUUUGAUUUUAUUUGCUCGCUGUGUCAAACUUUUUUUUUGAUUUGAAACCUUGUGGAAGAUGCGGUUUAUGCGGGCGAGUUAAAAUCAACAACUGAAAGCCACUUACGCGAUAAAGUGUUUGCGAAAGACAAGCGAGAAAGCGUUUUACAAUUUCUAUACUUUUACGAAAUCAAAUUAUUUUCAAAUUUAUUUUCUCGACCUUAAACGCCCUUCUCUAACCUAGUCGGGUAGCUCGCGUAAAACAUAUCGCGUGCCGAAUAUUUUGAAUGAAAGUAUUAAUUAUUAAUUAAUCUCCAACUUGUAGCAGACAGACUGCGCGAUUUGCUGCUUUUUGACCACGCAAGAAAGCCAGUGAAAAAAACCAAAAUACAAACAUUAAUAAUAAACAAUUAGAAUGAAAAAAUCAGUUAACCUAACUCUCUUUGAAAUUAGAAAUUAAAAUAAACACAUAUGCAUAUACAUAAAUGUGCGCGGCGAACAGAACUGUAAGAAGGACUCAUGCGAGAGCUACCAAGUAAAAUUCAAUACAUAUUACCAUAUAUCCAAAGAGAGACAAGUCAUGCAUUCAUGUGCAUAAAAAAUACUUAAACUCACAUAUCUAACACAAGUAAGAGCUGAGGCAGCUCUUAAAACAACAGAAAUCAUGCAAAAACUACAGCGACAACAGUGUAUCACCUGCCACUGCAGUCAUCGGCAGCAACGCACAACGCUUCAACAAAACCACCAACAUCAAAACAUACGACAGCCACAAGGUCGCAUUAAAUAUCGCACAACAUCGCGCCUGUUGCCUCCACUGUGGCCAUUACUCCUAUCCUCACUGCUGCUAACCGGCCAGCCACCUAGGUCGCUAGCCACACGCUUCAACCGCCAAAGUCAGGGCCACAUUUCAUACGGCGCCGCAAGUGGCGCCAAUAGCCUGCCCACGCCACACUUUCCUCUUGAUGCCAACACAGCGUACGCGAGCAGCGGUGCCGCAGCUGGCAAGCAUCAUGCCAACAUGAACAAUGAUGUUUACUCGGUGGCCGAUAGUCAGGCCAUGACCGAUGAUUAUAUGGCACAAUUUGGCAAACCACCUGCUUCACCACCACCGAUAAUACCACCAUACCUAACGCACACGCAUUCGACGUCCGCCGACAACACGCUAAUCGUGCACCACCAACCGCAUUUGAGCAGCUGUCAGACGGUGUGCGCGUGCAAGUGGAAGGGCGGCAAACAGACGGUGGAGUGUAUCGAUCGUCAGCUCAUACAGAUACCCGAGAACAUCGAUCCGUCAACGCAAGUGCUGGACAUGUCUGGCAAUAAGUUGCAAACGCUGUCGAAUGAGAAAUUCAUACGCGCCAAUUUGCUCAAUUUGCAGAAGUUGUAUUUGCGCAGUUGCAAAAUUGGUGAAAUCGAACCGGAAACAUUUAAAGGACUUACCAAUCUCGUUGAACUUGACUUGUCGCAUAAUUUGCUGGUUGUCGUGCCAUCGCUGGCGCUUAGCUAUAUCUCAUCGCUGCGUGAACUGACGCUCGCUUCCAAUCAUAUACACAAGAUCGAGUCGAACUCGUUCGCCAGCACGCCAUCGCUGCACAAGCUUGAUCUGUCGCACUGUGACAUACAGUCCAUAGCACCGCUAGCUUUCGAUGGUUUGGAGGGUUUAACUUUGCUUCGAUUAAACGGCAACAAACUGGGUGUGUUGCAGCCGCGCACGAUCGAAACACUGAGCAAAUUACAUGGCAUUGAACUUCACGACAAUCCAUGGCUUUGUGACUGUCGCAUGAGAGAUGCAAAACUCUGGCUGACCCAAAAGAACAUACCAUAUCCCGUAGCGCCGUUAUGUGCAGGUGGCCCCGAGCGUGUCGUAGAUCGGACUUUCUCCGAGCUGCAAGUAGAGGAUUUUGCAUGCCGACCGGAAAUGUUGCCUAUCAGCCAUUAUGUGGAGGCGACGAUGGGCGAGAACGCUUCGGUAGUAUGUCGUGCUAAAGCCAUUCCGGCAGCCGUUAUAAAUUGGUAUUGGAAUGGCCGACUAUUGACAAACAACAGCGCGUUCAGUUCUUAUCAACGUGUACACAUCUACGAGAACGGCCACUUUGAGAAACAUUCGCGGUUGAUACUCACCAAUGCGCAGGAAACAGACUCCAGUGAGUUUUACUGCGUGGCGGAGAAUCGUGCGGGCACAGCUGAGGCCAACUUUACGCUGCAUGUAAGUAUGCGCGCCGCAGGCAUGGCAUCACUAGGUAGUGGUCAAAUUGUGGGCCUUAGUGCUGCUUUGGUAGUUCUAAUUGUAUGUAUUUUGCUCGCGGUAAUGUUUCUACUCAUGCGUGUUAAGCGGCAACCGUACACCGAAAGCAAAACACCCAACCACAUGGAAGUGGUGACUAGUGUCAACCAUCAAAACUCCAUAACGAACAAAACUCAACCCAUUACCGGGAAUGGCAGUAUAGGCGGCGUCGUCAUAGCCAAUGGGGCAAUACCGAACUGUAUAGACACAUCAGGCACGCUAGAGCGGAAGAGCAGCGCAGCGAUGUCCGCGAACGAGGGUGGCUUCACCAAUCCGGUGCAGAAACCGCCACGCCUCACGGACUUGCCAUACUCAUCGACUGGCUACGACAACAAUGGCAGUGCUUUGUCUACGGCGCCAUGCUACCUCUCGCCUACAGCAUCGGCUGGCAACAACCCAGAUCUCAUUAAUGACACAAAACGUUUCGGUAGCGAUGAGUUUGCUGAUCUGAAAAUACCAGCGAUACUAACUGCUAAUUUGGGCACCGAACUGGGCAACUCUAGUGGCGAAUACAGUCGCGCUGGCGGUUGUGACUCACUUUAUCCCUCUGGAUUGUGGGAGAAUACGCCAGCGGGCACCUCUUCCGCGGACGAUCUCUUCAUGAAGCGCUACACCGACAAAACGCCUAUCAUUGAAUCGAACCAACUUUACGAUUUGCAUGAGCGCACCGUCGACUAUUUCAGCAAAACAUUUCCACGCACGCAUUACAACAACUUGCAGUUGGCCGGAGGUUGUGCGUCUACCAACGGGAGUAAUGGUGGUGGGGUUGGCGGCAUGUUGCACACUCCAUCCACGUCAACGGCAGCGCUGCUACAUAACUCGAACGGUGGUAUGGGCGGCACCCACUCGACCGCUUCAACAACUACCACCAAUCUCUCAGGCUCAUCCAGCGCGUAUGUGGGCGGUGGCUAUCCUAAUGACUAUGGCCUACCACUGGUGCCCGGCGCCGAGCACCAACACAACCAUCACCUGCAAAUGCAUCCACUACAACAACUGCAACAGCAUAUGACGGCAGCAGUGGCGAGCCAACAUGGUCUUGGUGGCAGCGCCAGCGGCAGCGGCAACAGCAGCAACCACAGCAGUCCACACUUCAGUAGCAGAACACUGCCACGCCUGCACGAGCACAGCGGCAGCGGCAGCAGCAGCAGCGGCGCUGGACUCAGCAGCUCCAGAUCUUCACCCACACCAGCGUCGACUGCAGUUGCGGUGACGGUGACGCAAAACGGCAUGGGACAAGCGCACACUUCAAUACUGCCGAACGGACAGCCGGUGAAUGCCAAGACAAUACGCGUGUGGCAAAAGGGUGGGGUACCAGUGCUGCCACCGGUGACGGCUUUGAAGCGCGCACUGACAAGCAGCAGCCGCAACUCACCGGACGAGGGCUACCAGGAAGGCUGCGGCACUGACGUGUAAAACGAGUCAGCGACUAGAAACAGAGAGACGUUCCUUACAUUAUAGGCGCAAAGGUACUUAGUGGAGUGUGGCGACGACACAAAUAUUUUGAUUUUAAGUUUUGUAUAUUUUUGUAAAUUUAGAAAUUAGUUUAUCAUUUAGUUGUUGAAUUUAAGUGAGUUCGUGCGCUGCUGUGCAAAGAGAGCGUCAAAUAGUUUGUAAACCAGAUUUUUUUUUAUUCAUUUACUUCCUAUAUAAAAAAUUUAAAAUUUCGCGCAUUCAUACUAAUACAAUUGACUGCAAAUGAGGAGAGAAUGAUGACGAUUAGAUUUUUGUACUGAGCAGCUGUGCUCCACACUCAGCCGUUUGUGAGGUUGACGGAGCGCGGACCUGCAUAACUACUACUACUGCAGUUCGCAAGUGGUAAAAAACGUGAAUGUGAUAGUGUUUGAGUAAUUCAUAACUAAAGAUAAUAAUUGCAAAAUGUGUAGAAGGAUGUAACUUUUCUUUUAAUAUAAAUAUAUAAAAUAUAUAUAUUUAAAAUAAUAUAUGCAUAAGUCACAUGAUAAAUGAAUUUCGAAUGCAUAACUACAAGUAUACUUUUAGGGUUAAUGUAAAUAAUUAAUAUCAACUAAAAUUGUAAGAGCAGUACGUAGUUAAGUAUCACAUAAAAAGUAAAAAUAAGUGACAUUAAAAACAGUCGCAGUGUUUCAAAGUUGUGAAAAGAUAUAAAAAUACGGAAGUUAAAAAAAAAAAAAAAAAUUUGUGGAAAUGAAAAUGUAAUAGAAAACACUGAAGUAAAAAAAGUCGCCGCAAAUUGACUGAAAGUGGUGAAUAGUAUUGAAAAACUAAACAUUAAACAUUUGGCGCUCAGUUGGAAAUUCAUGUGGCAACAAAAAUUCUGAAGUCCAUUGAGCGCGCCUAAAAUGCGGCAAGUAAACUUUCGGCAAUGUUUGCGCUAAAUGUUCGUGUGAUGUUGAAAGCAACAAAAGUCCGAAGCGCAGUGUAAGUUGGAAAACAAUUAAUUUUGCAAUCAAAGUACUUUUGUUGCUUCAUUGUUUGCAUUUUAUUUGCAUACUUUUCAAACAAAGUUUUUCAGAUUUCUGCAUUUUUUUUAUAUAUUUUUCACAUUACAUAAUGAGUACGGGGCCAGUCAUUUGAAUUGCAGACCAAUGAUAAGUGAAUUUGUAUAGAGCUGCUUUAGGUAACGGAAAUAAUUCAUGUUUACAAAGCGGAAGUCAUAAUUUUAUUCAUAUUCAGAAGAUCAACUUGAAAACAGCAAGUUUUGAUUUCGGCAUAAUUUAUACGAGUACUAUUUGAAAGGAAUUCUGGAAUUUUUGAUGUUAUUGAUGCAGAUGGCAUAUUCUGACAAUCUAACGAUUAAAUAAAAAAAAAUAUUAUUUGUCGGAAAAUUCUUAAGCUUUGAAGCCAUAAAGUCCACGAAUACAGUCGCUUAAAUAGUUAAGCAUUUGGUGGGAAUAUAACAGCCUGGCAUUGUGUUGUGCACAGAAACCAUAUCUCAACUUUUUAUGUACGCUUUUAUACCAAAUGCAAAACUUCACUCAAUUUUAAUGUGUUUAUAUGUACAUAAAUUUCUCAUAUUGGGCAAGUGGUUGCUAACUAAACGGAGUUACGCCAUUUAAAUCAUAGUCAACUUUCAAUAAUCUUUAAAUUGAAUUAGCUUUCGAAUAUGAAUAUGCAUAGCAUUUAUGUCUUUUGUCAUUAAAGUUCUAAAAGCUUUCACUUAUCAUUGGCAAUCGGCACUGUCUGCACUUUGCAUUCACUUACUCUUUAACUACUGCCGAAUUGGAUUCCUAUUAAAACUAAGCAGAAUACCUGUAGUAGAUAUGUAGAAGAUGAAGUUUACAGUUGCACAAACACAAUAUCUAAGUGUAGCUGUUAUGUACAGCAGGAACAUUAUUCGUAAGCGAGGUGAACUGUUGAAAAGUAAACAAAUUAAAAGCGAUAGUUGACUCUUUUUAUAUUUUUAUACACACUUUCGAGAGUAAGUACAGCGCUGUAAUUUAAUUAAAGCGAAGUUAGUUUAUUUCAUUUUAUUAAAUACAUAGUUUCAAAGUUGACGAGCAAACAGGAAAAGUAUGAAAAGUGCGAGCAGCACAGUUAAGGGACACAUGUACAUACAUACAAACAAUUUCAUAGAAAAAUCCACAUAAAACAUAACUAGCGACAGAUGUACAUUUCAGAAGGUAAAUAUACAAAAUUUACACACGCAACUGUAUGCAAGUUAGAAUGAGAAGUUGAGCAAAGUAAAAAUACAAAAGAGAUGAUAAAAUGUAUAAAAUAAAAUAUUUUUAUAGCAUACUUAGUACUUGAAAGGAUCUAGUGUAAUAAUAAUAACACAGAACGGCAUAAGUGCGUGCUUUGGCAAACACUUGUGAGGCAUGUGUGUGUGUGAAAAAGUAGAGGAAGACAUUUGAAAGUAGGAAACCUGAGCAUAACGCAACGCUGAAGAGUGAGUAUGAUGACAUAGCUUGUGUCUGUACGUAGCUUAAGUACAGCAAAUGUUAGUUUAGCUUUGUGUGAAUUGCGUUAAAAGCCAGCGUAAAGUACGAGACUGAUGCACACAAACACACUUACAUGCAGGCAAAGCAAUAGGCAUGUAUGUGGGUGUCUGUGGAAUAUAUGAAAUGGUAACCGCAAGAAUUUAUGGCUCAGUGCAAGAAAUCGGGCCGAGUUUAGGCAAUAAACGUAAAUAAAAAUACGGCAUACAGAUCGCACAGACACAGACCAACAGAUACAAGCAAAGACCUAAUCGAAAUUUGCAUACGAAAAUAUAUAAAUAAGUAAAGAUAUCAUGAAUCAAAUUCAUUUACACAGCGACACACAUAUGCCUACAGUACAAUAAAAAGGCAAAAACAAAAGAAAAACGCAAAUAAAUAUUCCUGCAAAUCCUAACAGACUUAGCACUAACACUACAAGCCGUUGAUGCCGAACUUUCUCGUAUCUUGUGUAAAAAGCUAGCGCAUAUUAGUGUAAAGUUGGCCACAAUUAAAUGUGUCAUGUGUGUAAUUUGAAAACGAAACCAUAAAAAUAAAAUAAAUUCAUAGACUUAUGUGCUUGAGAGCAACCCACAAGGCACCAAAAAUGAAACAAGAAACAAGUAAUUAUUGUGACUCGAUAAAUACCCCCCUCAGUGUAUAAAUUCCAAACAAAUGUGUGUAUAAAAGUAAUAACUAAGAAAUCACAGAAGAAAGCAAAACCGACGCUCGCUAUUUCUUGCGCUCAAAAAAUGAUUACAAAAGUAUUACAAUAAUUUUAAAAGUUACAACUAAUCAAACAAAAUCAAUACACCUGUAAACAGUUGAUAGUCAAUAUGCGUUUGUAAAUAAUUAUGAAUGUAAAGUAAUUGCUGUGCUCCCGCUAAAGCGCUCAUUUGUACAUACAAACACACACACAUAGACUCCCAAAACUUAUUUUCCAAAUCGUUUGAAGCUUGUAAAUUUGUAGAAAUAUGUGUUGAUGUGUUAUCAAAGUCCGUUGUAAGUGAACAAAGCGUGGCGCAAUGUCGCUGUAAAUUGUCUCAUAUCCAAAAGUGUUUGGCGAGCGAAAGCGAAGCAUUAAAGCACCUACUAAAUAUAUACGAACGGAAACGGAUAACAACUACAAACACACUUGCAUAUUUUCAUGCCAAUGUGGCGAGACAACACACAACAAACAACACCACAACUCGUGACCGAAUGGCGCCUGAAUGUAGGCUAGCCAGGCGGUUUCAACGCCGCAGCUUCGAACGAGAAUGUAAACACACACACACAUAUCCACACUUACAUAUCAACACACACAUAUUAACACUAGCAUAGCUGCUGCAACUGAGUAGAGGCAGUGAAACACUAGCGCAUAUAUACACACACAUAUCACCCAAACACACACACACACACACCUAUACAUAUACCGCAACUUAUAUCAUUCAUGCAUAUGUAAGAAACCAUUAAGGACUAAUAAUCUAGUUUAUAAUAGCUGUUUAAGUAUAUAUUAUAUACGUAUAUGUAUAUGUAAAAAGUAAAUGCGAAAUUAAAUAUUAUGUGUAUGUAUUUAUGCAUCUGUAUUUGUAACUGUAUGGUAAACCAAAGACUUUUUUCUUUGAAAUAAAAACCUAAAACAAUAAGAAAACGAAACAAAAUAUGUAUAAUGAAACAAAAUACACAAACCACACGAGGGAAAUGCGAAUUAAAAUAAAGAAUGAAAGAAUUAACGUAUAUAUGAGCUGUAAAUCCCAUAUAUAUAGGAGAAUAUAAAAAAAUAA